GCACCUUGUUGAAUCUAUGCUACAAAUGAUUAAGGUCGUUUUAAAGACAGAAGGAGGCAAGCUACAAUAAGUCCACACUCCAUACCAGGUGGUGGCGGUAAUGCACCAUUUCGCUGGAGGAGAGAAGACAGGAGAGAAGAGAGUUGUUGCUCAAGUCGGUCUUGUGCCACGCCUGUGUGUAGUUCCUCUGUUAAAGAACUCUUCAAUGGCCUCUGUUCCUCCACCUCCUCCUGCUGCCCCUUUGAUCUCUGGAAAACUGCCUCAACCUCAAGUCCAUUCUCCACCGCGCCCUCAGCAUGCUGCAAUACCAAUACCUCCUGAAGUUCCUCCAGUUCAGGAGACAGAUGGAUCAUCACCGGCCGUGAACGAUCAUUCUGAGUUUCUACCAUUACAGGAUGGGACAAGUCAUGAACCGUCAGAUGGUCCUGAAGAAAAGAAACCCCUCCCAGUUCAGGAGACAGACCCUGCACCACAGGCAUUGGGGCAACAGACUUCUGAAUCCAGGGUGCCCAGUGAAGCCAACGGUCAGACAGUUGAGAACGGAGAGGAGCACCUUUCCUGAGGAGCUGAUACUUGAAGCAGUUGGUGUAAUGUAGAGCUCAUUAUAGAAUACAGUAAAUGCUCCUCAUUGAUGCAGUGCCUUUUUAAAUUUAGCUAGCUACAAAGCGCUUUACCAUGUGUUUCUCAUUCAGUCACACAAACACACCACUGCCUUGGUAUGUGUAGAGAUGGGAGUUCAACUACCAACCCUGCUAUUAGGCGACAAUCCACUGACCCACUUUUGCCACCCCUGCCAAAGCCCAAAUAAUUGUAGAUAACCUAUAAAUUCUGAAGUAUAAAGACUGAGUGAAUGCCAAUAUUUACUCUUUUUAAAAAUUUUUUUCUUUAAAGAAAAGGCCAAAUUUUUUCCACUGUACAUCUCACAGGCAGGAAUCUAAUAUUGGCUGAAGUAAGGGAAAUAUUUUGAAAGUUGACCAACACUAUAAAAUUGGAAAGUCUCUUUGGCUUUAAUAUGAGUACCAAAUCGUGGGUGUUUAUCAUUAUUAAUACUAAUAAUAAAUUUAAAUUAAUUUAUUCUCUACAACUAAGCAGAUAACAAGUCUUUGGAUGGAUGAGUCAUCUGAUAGCUGAUGAUCUUAGCACUGUAACUCAUAAGAAAUUCACCAUUGCGCCUCACAUGGAUGCUGUGUGGAGGAAAAGAGCUCAUCAGCACAUGCACUUUAUCAUAAGUUUAGGGUUUCAUUUUUAAUAAUCCAUCAGUGAAAAUGGUUUAUACCUGGUUUAAUUUAAUCAGUCCUCAACUCUAAUUCUGUCGCUCGUACGGAUGACGUGCUCUCAAACACGCGAGCAUGUUGCACUUUUUGUCACAACACUGCAGAAAAUUUACCGACAUCAAUAUUCUGCCCGAAAUGCACGACACUCUUAUUUUAAAACUCUUUUGUCUUGACUACCAUCGGUCUUUUAAAUAUUGUGAUUCCUUUUUUUGUUUGUAUGAAUGUGUGUUUUUUUUUAUUGUUUUUCAUAUUAUUUAUGUUCUUACUGCUGGCUGGAAAAUAAGCAUUUGCUGGAGCGUAACCUUUAAUAAGCAUAACCUUUAUGUUUGUUUGUUUUUUUGUUUUUUAAAUGCACUGUUGUUUUUAACCCUUUUCAAAGUGUUUUUUAUAAAUUAAACUUCUGUUGUUUUGAA